CGGAAGUCGGCGGGCGCGCGCCUGCGCACUAGAUGGAGGCGCAGGUUGGAGGCGGAGGAGGCGCCGCGCUGACCUUCCCGGAAGUGGCCCCUGCGCGCCCCGGAAGCCGGAGGUUGCCCCGGGCUCGGCCCUAGGCCCGGACGGCAGGUGUCGGAGACAGCCGCGGGGGGCCCGCCUGGGCCAUGGAGACCCCCGGGGAGAAGGCGGGAGAGGGGGCCCGGGUGCGGGUGACCCCGGAGCUGCUGAAGGGGCGCUCGGGCGAGUUCGCGCUGGACUCCAUCCUGCUGCUGCAGCUGCGCGGGCUGGGCCUGGCCGAGCUGGGCUGCCUGGGCGAGUGUCUGGGCCUCGAGUGGCUCGACCUGUCGGGCAACGCGCUCACGCAGCUGGGCCCGCUCGCCGCGCUGCGCCAGCUGGCCGUGCUCAACGUGGCCAACAACCUGCUCACCGCGCUGGAGCCGCUGGCCGCCUGCGAGAGCCUGCGCCGGCUCAACGUGGCCGGCAACCUGCUGGCCGCGCCGGGGCAGCUGCAGUGCCUGGCCGGGCUGCCCGGCCUCCAGGACCUGCGGCUGCGGGACCCGCUGGCGCGGCUCAGCAACCCGCUGUGCGCCAGCCCGGCCUACGGGGCCGCCGUGCGCGAGCUGCUGCCGCGCCUCAGGGUCCUCGACGGGCAGCGCGUGACGGGCCGCGGCAGCGACUUCUACCAGCUGUGCCGCGACCUGGACCGCUCCCUGGGCCCCGGGCCCGGCCCGGCCCCCGCCGCCGCCCAGCCCUGGGUGGAGCCCGGCUACUGGGAGGCCCGGCCGGCCCGCAGCGGCUCCAUCCUGGAGGAGGCGUGCCGCCAGUUCCGCCACGCCCUGCGCGAGUGCCACGACCUGGACCGCCAGGCCCAGGACCUCCUGGGGCAGGCCCAGCGGGCGCGCAGCCCCGAGGACGCCCCCGCGUCCUUCGUCUUCUGAACGCCGCCCGCGCCCCUCGCUUCUCCGUGCGUGCCCCACGAGCGACCCCACGUGCACACACUUGAGGCACCCCACAGACACACACACGCACACACACACGCACACACACACAUCACCAGGGUCCUCAGUCCUGGAAGAGCCUCCGUGUCCCCCACCCUCGAGGCCCUGCACGGGGCUGACCCAUCCUAUGGCUCGGCCGGGGUGAAAGGCAGGGCGCCCCCUACCAGCCGGCCUGGGAGUGGACGGGGCCCCUCUGUCCAGCCGGCUGCUUUGCCCCUCCCCGCCGCACUGUCCGUGUCCCCGACUUCCCUGUACGUGUCCCCAUUAAACCCUCCCGCUGCCCCA